AUGUCCGCUCGCCUAGCGGGCUACACCGCUAUAGGCUGUUCCAGCAUAGCGCUGGUUAUAGUCAGCCUGUUCGUGCCCACUCUAUGGAACAAGAUCAAUAGUAUCACCAUUGAUCUCCAUAAGGAUAUGGAAGAGUUCCGUCAGCUGCAAAACGGCGUAUGGACGAAUAUCCGAGGAGAACGAAGGGCAAAGGUUGGUAUCGUGGCGAGGACAAAAAGGCAGAGCUACAACUGCAAUUGCAACGCUAACGCUAACUGUCCACCAGGACCACCCGGAGAGCCCGGUGCUCCAGGUCAGGAUGGCGCCCCGGGUCUUCCAGGACCUCCCGGAGCACCCGGAAUGAGCGGUAAUAUGCCGUCUGUAAUGAUGCAUUCCACGGAGCAAUGUCGCAUGUGCCCUAACGGGCCACCUGGCUUCCCCGGCCCUGUUGGACAACCUGGACCUCCUGGUUUGGAGGGCAUGUCAGGAACAGAUGGCAUGCCUGGCCCUGAUGGUCAUCCUGGAAUGCCUGGAAUGCCAGGUCUGCCGGGAGAACCGGGAACACCCGGAACUCCUGGACCACAAGGAGAGAAGGGCCGAGACGGUGGAUCGAUGGGCAAGGGACCUCCAGGAGAAGCCGGAGAACGUGGAAUGAUCGGGCCACCUGGAUUCCCUGGACCGGACGGAAGCCCUGGAAACCCUGGACUCAUGGGACCAAUGGGACCACCAGGAGAAGCUGGAGAGACUGGACCAGAAGGACCACCUGGAUUCGAUGGCAGUACUGGACCUAUGGGAGCGCCUGGAGAGGACGCAAGCUACUGCCACUGCCCGACCAGAUCGAAAUCGAAGACAUGA